CUUGUCGCAAAGCCUAUUCACUCCUGCCGAAGAACGACGUGCCGUGUUCCAGUUUUGUUGGUCGAAGCUAACAGCAAAAUGUUGCUGUCAUUUGCUUGUUUUUUGACGUUAUUAUCAAGUUUUGUCGGACAACACGUCACGUUUGCAUUGCAGGACGUUACUAGCGAUUUAUUUGGCCAGGAAAACAAUGGUACAGUAGCGGCUUUCGGUGACUUUAACUCUGAUAAACAGACUGACAUUUUCAUCAUCAGGAAGCAAUCUGAGCUGUUGAUUUUCUUGGCUGAUCUUAAAGCACCUUAUUUCAAACCUAAAGUCCAUCUGACUAAAGAGGUUUUCCCUAGUGACUUCAUCAUAAGCAGUGUGGUGCCGGGUGAUUACGAUGGAGAUUCUCAGAUGGAUGUGCUUCUCACUGGCCACUUAAAUGGCUCCCCUUUACAAACAAGCGUCUUCGUCUUCUGGGGACGUAACCAGACUUUAGACCAAAAUGAAAAGGAGAAGCUGGACAAGAUCUUUACUGAUCAGCCUCUUGUAAUGGACUUUGAUGGGGACAUGAUCCCAGAUAUUUUUGGAACUGUGGAUGGCUCGUUGGAGGUUUGCUAUCUAAAGGCGAGACAACAAAGAUGUGAGAAGGCUCUCAACUCCACAGUUGCAAUGCGCAUCCCUCAUUCCCAUGCUUUCAUCGACCUUAACAAGGACUUCACUGCUGAUUUGUUCCUCACCACCACAUCAAAUGAAUUCGAGACCUGGAUUAAUAAGGAUGGGAACUUCACCAAAGCCCCGUCUGGACCUUCUCUGGAGAAUGUGAAGAGAGUGGGUCAAUCUGCAUUCGUAGACUUCGACGGUGAUGGCUUCCAGGACCACCUGUUGCCGGUGUGUAUGGACGAUGCGUGUGCUAAAAGUGCAAUAUACCUGGCCAGGCCUGGGGGGACAAAGUGGGUGCCUGUGUUGAUGGACUUCAAGAGGAAGGAUUCUGUGUGGGGUUUUGUGCCCGCUCCAGAAAAGCCCACUUCGGAAGAACUGCGAAUUCCCAUCACCCUGCACCUCGGAGACUACAACUUGGAUGGCUUUCCUGAUGCCCUUGUGAUCCUCCGUAACACCAGCGCCAGUUCACAGCAGCAGGCGUUCCUGCUGGAGAACGUGGCUUGUAACGACGCGAGCUGUCAGGAGGCUGAACGCAUGUUUCGUGUGCAUUGGGAGCAGUCGGACCUCAGUGCAAUCCCCAGGGCUGUUGUGGCCACUUUUUUUGACAUCUAUGAGGACGGUAUAUUAGAUAUGAUCGUGCUCAGCAAGGUGGAAGGGAAAGAAGAACUCGUCAUCCACGCUUUGAAGAACAACUUUGAGGCCGACGCGUAUUUCGUGAAAGUCAUCGUGCUCAGUGGCCUGUGCUCCAAUGACUGUCCAGAAAAAGUCAAGCCCUUUGGUGUGAACCAGCCUGGCCCGUAUGUCAUGUACACAUCGGUGGACUCGAACGGUUAUCUAAAGAACGCUUCUGCGGGGCAGCUCAGCCAGUCUGCUCAUCUGGCUCUCCAGCUGCCCUACACCGUGCUCGGUCUGGGGCGCAGCGCCAACUUCCUGGAUCACCUGUUUGUGGGCAUCCCCCGGCCCCCUGGAGGGAAG